AGGAGGAGCCCGCGGAGAGCACCCGCGCCCCGCGCCCUCCGCGCCCCGCCGCCCGCCGCAGCCCGUGCGCCCCGCGGCCCCGCGCGCCAUGGCCAAGGAAGGCGUGGAGAAGGCGGAGGAGACGGAGCAGAUGAUCGAGAAGGAGGCGAGCAAGGAGCCCGCGGAGGGCGGCGGCGGCGACGGCUCGCACCGCCUCGGGGAUGCCCAGGAGAUGCGCGCCGUGGUGCUGGCCGGCUUCGGGGGGCUCAACAAGCUGCGGCUCUCCCGGAGGGCCAUGCCCGAGCCGCAGGACGGCGAGCUCAAGAUCCGCGUCAAAGCCUGUGGCCUGAACUUCAUUGACUUGAUGGUGAGACAAGGGAACAUUGACAACCCUCCCAAGACUCCCCUGGUACCAGGAUUUGAAUGUUCUGGGAUUGUGGAAGCGCUGGGGGACAGUGUGAAAGGAUAUGAGAUUGGAGACCGUGUCAUGGCAUUCGUCAACUACAAUGCCUGGGCAGAGGUGGUCUGCACUCCAGUGGAGUUUGUCUACAAGAUCCCAGAGGAUAUGAGCUUUGCGGAGGCUGCUGCGUUCCCCAUGAACUUCGUCACAGCCUACAUGAUGCUCUUCGAAGUCGCCAACCUCCGGGAAGGGAUGUCUGUUCUGGUGCACUCGGCGGGUGGUGGCGUGGGUCAAGCUGUGGCUCAGCUGUGUUCCACUGUCCCCAAUGUGACCGUCUUUGGAACAGCGUCUACUUUCAAGCAUGAAGCAAUCAAAGACUCCGUGACUCACCUCUUUGAUAGAAAUGCGGACUACGUGCAGGAAGUAAAAAGAAUCUCUGCAGAAGGCGUGGACAUCGUCUUGGAUUGCCUGUGUGGGGACAACACCGGCAAAGGCCUCAGUCUUCUCAAGCCUCUUGGGACCUACAUUUUAUAUGGUUCAUCCAACAUGGUAACUGGAGAGACCAAGAGCUUCUUCAGCUUUGCAAAAUCAUGGUGGCAGGUGGAGAAAGUGAACCCCAUCAAGCUAUACGAAGAGAACAAAGUCAUCGCGGGCUUUUCCCUGUUAAACCUGCUCUUCAAACAGGGCCGUGCAGGCCUCAUCCGAGGAGUGGUGGACAAACUCAUAGGGCUCUACAACCAGAAGAAGAUCAAGCCUGUGGUGGACUCCCUGUGGGCCCUGGAGGAGGUGAAGGAGGCCAUGCAGCGGAUCCACGACCGAGGGAACAUCGGAAAGUUAAUUCUGGAUGUAGAAAAGACCCCUACUCCGCUGAUGGCCAACGACAGCACAGAGACCAGCGAGGCGGGGGAAGAGGAGGAAGACCAUGAGGGCGACAGCGAGAACAAGGAGCGGAUGCCCUUUAUCCAGUAAGCCAGGACCUGGGCGACAGGACAUGAAGGACAGACCUUGUCAAAGAAUUGGACCGGCUGUGAAAACUUGUCUGUGUCCCAGUGAACAAAUGCUGUAGUCCAGUGCGUGUCGUGUUUGUCUGCAGUCAGCUGAGCUAAGAAGCUGUUGAUCACUGUUGUUUUUUGGAAUUAAGUGCCAAUCCCAUUCCAUGCAGUAUUAUGUCGUUCCCUGAUCCGCGCACCACACCCUUCCCUCUCCCCUGUAUCAAAACUAUCCACCUCCAGGUCUUUCUCGAUGGCUCUAGGACACCCUUGCAAAGUAAAGCGAGCCCCCAGGACAGGGGCAAGGAGAAGUCUGGAUUGAAAGUUGUUGUCACAAGCACUCUGCAGGUCCUGCUCUUCUGGCCAGUGACACUCUUCACCACCAGCCACCCGUACCUCUGACAGGAGCACUUGCCAAUUCAGCUGGCAGAAAGAGAGUAGGCCAGGAGAGCUAUCUGUGCGCCCAGAAAUGUAGAAACGCUCCAAAUAGUACUUUUCCUUUCUCCCUUUAUGAGGCAACUGGUUACCUUCAUCCCAUAGUGUUAAGGCUGUAAGGUUUGAGCUGCUCUCCUCUGACCCUCUAGGGUUGGAUUCAUAAACAUGAGGACAGGAGUGGGUUUCUUAGGACAGAAGAUGGGUCAACAGCAUGCAGCUGAGGACUCAUCACAGAGAUUCUCCCCCGAGGCCAUGUAUCAUAAGCAUUUCCUCCCCAUGGCCACAUACAUUUUUAUGUAAGAAAACUCCUCUUGUGUGGCCUAAUUCAGGUGUCCUUACUAAAACUCUCCUGUGUUUGCAUACUUACCAUCAAUGUUUCAAUUUUCCUAUGUUUCAUUCCUGAUUACAAGUAACCACCUUACCCCAAGAAAGAACUCCCUUCUAGCUCAUAUAUGCUUUUGGAAAAUUUGAUGAGUUCUCUUGUGUCUUGCCAAACUAUGUUCCAGCAUGUGACAAACUCUAGGGAUAAAAAAAUGUUACUGUUCAGCAUCUGCCAGAUGUGGGAUUCUCCCCUCUGAUACCUAAGACCAUGGUGCCAAUUCUGUAGGCCCCUGCACCUUGUAAAUCAGGGACUGAACUGUUUGAUUGCAUGCCCUGUUCAACUGUACAGCUCCUAAAUUCCUAUGAACUCCUACCCUACGCCAUUUGGCUGAGCUUGAGAGCUAAAUAGUUGUCCUGGAGGAAGAGGAAUCUUGGCGUCUCCACAAGGGGGCUCUUUGUUCCCUUCUUCCAGUCCUUUUGACCAAAGGGUUAUUUCUGUCACUCACAAACCCAGCUCUUAGAAACACAAAGCAGGCUGGGGAAUUAGCACCCCCACUUAUUUUGUGUUAUGGAAGAGUGAGAGACUUCCCACAUGCUCAUGCAGUUAGCAUUGCUGAAGGUAUAAGAGGGUUCCUCCAUCAACCAGUUUCUCUACCAAUAAGAUUUAGGGUGGACCUAACUCUCCCCAAGUGUGGGAACACGUGCGUUUCAACAAGCUCCUGUUUGAUUUCACAAGUCCUUUUGUAACAAGCAUCGCUUCUCUCUCCUGGUUCCUUUUUCCUCUUCUAAGCUUGUGAUGAUGACUUAUUUAUGCCAAAUAUUGAUAUGGAAGGAGUUGCUCCUCAUGAAAGUACAUGUAAGAUAUGAAGGCAAAAAGGGUGCUGAGAGUCGAUGAGCUGAAGGGUGAGAAUAUUCCAGAAGAGGAUACCAAAGUCAUCCUCUCCUCCUAGCUACCCCAGCACUCACCAAAAUUUCAGUUCUGGGCCAUCCAGAGAGAUAAUGGGAUAUUUACCCCCCACACAUACCUAUGUGAAAGGUCAUCUUAUGGGUCAUGCUUCUCCCAUAACUAUGCUGAGAGGGCCUCAGAAAGUGGACCACUGACCAAGUAGGGCUCCGAUGAAGUAGGGCGGAAAGGCACUUUCUAGGGUUGAGGGAGUCAAGAAUUCCUGGCCCCAUGAGGGCUCUUUGUCCCCAGGGCAGGGAGAACUGACCACGUUCAGAAUCCAGAUGGCUCUUACGAUGUCCAGAGGAAAAAAUAAAAGGUCAUCCCUUCCAAAAUCUGCCUUUUAACCAGAAAAGUGAAUCCAGUAAUCACACAUCACUCCAGCCAUCACCCCAUCCUCAGAAAUCAGAAUGAGAAACCUAAAGUUUGACUGACAACAUCAGUUUCUGCUCUGAAGAAUGGAGGGAGCCACCUUCCAAGGAAUCACUUCGUGGACUCUCAUUCUGAGCCGUCUUGUGAUUGUUUUUCUGAAUGAAGUGUAAAGAACUGUCCCAGCUUGCCUUAAAGAACUGUGAAGGCUUCUCUGUAGCUUAAGCUUGGUGGGAGUGAACUGAAACAUCGUCUACUGUGUUUGUGGCUUUAGAGCUUUUGUUAUAUUGUGCCUACAAAGCAAAUUAUGUUUACAUAAAAUAUAUAAAUAAAGUAUUCAGCAUCUCCUC